UCGCUCCCGGUGAACAUAUGCCACACCUACUCGCUUAGCGCUAUUUAUAAAGGAGCGGCGCGCGUGCGGUACGCAGUUUAAAAUGUCCAUUACUCUGUACAACUUAAACGGCAGUCCACCGUGUCGCGCGGUGAGGAUUGUGGCCAGACUGAUCGGAGUCAAUUUGCAGCUGACACGCGUGAAUGUUUUGGCUGGAGAGCAAAUGACUCCGGAAUUUUUGAAGCUAAAUCCCUGCCACACUGUACCUACCAUAGCAGACGACGACUUCGUUCUCUGGGAGAGCCGCGCGAUCAUGCGCUACCUGGUGGACAUGUACGCUCCCAACCACUCUCUCUACCCGAAAGAUGUUAGAAGAAGAGCCAUCAUCGAUAAGCUGUUGGACUUCGACGCUUGCGUGUUGAGUCGCGGUGUCACGGACUACUUUUAUUCCUACUUGAUGUUCGGCAAAGCGAAAGACCCGGAGAAAGAAGAAAAAUUUAAGGACGCCUUGAAGCUCUUGGAAACAAUGUUGGGCGGCUGCAAGUAUCUUGCUGGCAGAAAAGAGUUCACCCUCGCAGACAUAUCCGUCAUGACUAUCCUCAACGUUCCAGAGGCUGCCCAUUACAGUCUGGCCGGAUUUCCUGCGGUGAAAUCGUGGUACGAAGGCAUGCAACGAGACCUGUCAAUCAUCAACGAUAUCAACAAGGAAGGCAUCAAGGAGUUCAGGAGGUGCUUACAGAUACCGGAUGAGUGAGACGAAUAAAAGACCUACCCAUUCGUCAAUAUCGUCCGCCAGCUGGUGUCGUGUAGGGCUGCUUUUCAUUGUGGCAUAUCCUAGGUCAAUGUUUAGUCGAACCAAAUAAAAAUCACUCUAGAACAA